AGAGCGCACACACUCGGGUCUCGCAGCACUACGCUCGCUGUGUAUUUGGCGCAGGCGCGCUGUAUAUGCGGUGUGUGUGCGCAUUGUGUGUGUGAGAGAACUGCCGGCGAGCUUAAAAAUAUUACCGAGCGGCGGGAAUGUCUGGCAGGUCAGUGCGCGCCGAGACCCGGAGCAGAGCCAAAGAUGACAUCAAACGCGUUAUGGCCGCUAUUGAUAAAGUACGAAAAUGGGAGAAAAAAUGGGUGACGGUUGGAGACACUUCACUGCGUAUCUUCAAAUGGGUUCCAGUGACUGAACCAAAGUCAGACGAUAAGAACAAAAAAAAGAAGGGCAGAGAGGAGAAAUAUGGAUCAGAGUUGACGACUCCGGAGAACAGUUCCUCUCCAGGAAUGAUGGACAUGCACGACGAGAACAGUAAUCAGAGCUCAAUAGCUGAUUCCUCUCCAGUGAAGAUGGAGAACAGCUGUAGCACGAGCCCGACACCAGAGGCCACUGCUGCUGCUCACGAUGAUGGAAACAAGUGCAAGGCAGAACAUACGCCGUCCCCUGACAAAGGGAAUAGUAACUCCACUCCUUCAGAGACCUCAACAAGCAAAAAAGAUACUCCGUUAUCAGGGGAGAAGGAGUCCCCAUCAGGCACCUCGACAAACACUCAGGAAAGUGAAGAUGGUUCCCCACCCACAAAGAAAAGUAAAGUGGAAUCAUCUUCUCAGGACUUGGAUAACUAAAGCUGACUAGUUUGCUCCCACGUUUCAAACACGUCACAAACGUAACAAACCAAUGAGGAAACCCGACCCACUUGACAAACCAUUCCUGAUCUUCAAAUACAGCUUCACCUUCUUCUUCAUCUUCUCACCUGGAGCGAACGUUUGCAGACGUCACUGUGCCAGUGAACCGAGGUUGAUGGCAAACACUGACCUGAUCCUGUGAGAAACCUGCAGCCUCGCUCCAUCCAAUUCAUGCACGAUAUACAGCGUUAGUUUAACAGUAACGAGAGUGAAUGCACUGCAUAGAUUUGUCAAGAUAAAAGAUGGAUUUGCUGCUGUGAUCAUCUUUGUUUUCAAAAUUUUUAUUAUUUAAUUUAAUGACUCUACUAGUUGUUUUCUAACUAUUUUGCAGAUUGUUGUAUGGUUAUAGUGCAGGUGUUUGGUUUGUUUAUAGAUUCUCUACUGGUUUGUGUGCUUUUUUUUCCUUUUGUUUUUGAAGCUUUUCAAAGCAUCACUGCUUUUUAAAGGGAGGAAGAAUUUUUUUGUUACACGUCAAAAUGACUUGAUAUAUACCUCAUUUCCAAACCAGCUGAGCUGGAACUUAAUUCUUGAUUGAUGGACAAUAAAUCCAAUUCACUGAACACAAUCUGGCAGUUUUUAAAUGAUGUAAUUUUCAACAUUAAAUCCACUCUGACUUCAAUCUGAUGUAGCAACGUACAAAGAUCUCACAAUGAAAUACUCUAUACAUUGGGACCAUGUUUUCUUGAAAUGUUUUUGUCUUGUACAGUUGAUUUAUU